CACACGCACACAAACAAUGGAGUUGCAUUGGCGCGCCAGUGACAGUUAAUGUUUGUUGAAAAUCAAUCGACGCCAGUGCACCCCGUGAAUUUGAGUUGUGCGAAAACUUUCAAAAAUUUGUCGUAAUUAAUUUAAUUAAAUUGCUUUCUAUAUAUUUUGUGUAUCUAUGUGACUGUGCUGCGUUGCAAUCGUAUCCUCAAUUGAAAUUGCCUGCCCCUAUCAGAGUACAGUUGCGCCAGCCGCACGCUAGAAAAGCCAAACAACGACAACCGACGACGACGACAUCGCGACGGGGAGGCCGCGUUCUUCCAACAGAACACACAGAGUUAUUUUUGAGAGUACGAUCCUAACAAAAUGGGUGAAGUGAAGUCUGUGAAAGUGGACAACUGGGGCGUCUUCUUUCUGCAGAAGCUCCAGAAUUUCUUCAACAAAACGGACUAUUGCGAUCUAACGCUACAGUUCCGCGACAAUUCACAAUUGAAGGUGCAUCGUUUGGUGUUAAGUGCUUGCACCGAUUACUUCAAUGCACUGGAGCAAACAUGCGAAAUCAUUGACGACGCUCUCAUCAUGCCGGCCGAAUUUCAAGCCGAUGUUGUUGUGCCCAUUGUCAAUUUUAUGUACACUGGCACGCUGGAGUUUGAACUGAAGAUGUACGGCAAACUGUUGCGCACCGCCAAAGAGAUGAACAUGACGGUGUUGUUGAAGUUGUUGGAGGCACAUCGUCGCACAAUGGAGAAUGUGAAUCGACAACAGAGACCACCCAGUCCGAAGGGCAUACGACGACGUCCGGUGGUGCCCAGCAGCAAUGCCUUGGUAGCACAGCAGCGCGGAUCCAUGCCCCAAAAUCGUAGUGGACCGUCGCCCGGCAACGCCAACACGGGGCGUACAGGCGGGCAACAACCACGUGGUACAUCCACAAUUUUACGCAGUGGCGGCAUCAACAAUCGCACACAGUAUGGGGAAUCCACAUCGAGCUCCUCGUAUAUAAAGCAGGAGCCCACCUCACCGUUUGAGCAGCUCCGCAAGGGCUACAAUAACAAUAAGAGGCCGGCACAGACUAGCCUGCUAUCGCCGCCGUCGAAGAAGCCCAAUUUGGAGGAGGUCAAGGAGUUUGCUGAGCAGCAGCGUAUGCGCAAGCAAAUUGCAGCCGAAUUUGGAGAUCAUGGUGAUCCGGAAUAUGACAGCAUGAUGCUGUACGAUGAUGUGCACACAGGCGACGAUGAUGAUGACGAUAUGCCGCCACAGCCAUCAACAUCGAAGCAGCAGCAGCCGCCUCAAUCUGGCACACAAACACAGAUGGAGCAUGGCACAACGACCAUUAUACUAAAGCAAGACUCGCCCAGCCAAACGCCAACGAUUAUUGUCAAGGAUUCGUCAAACACCAAGCUGAAUCAUACAAAAAUCAUCGCUGAGGUGUUGCGUCAAUAUCCGCACAUCGUCAAGGGCCACAAGAAUAUCAAACUGAAAAUAAUGCCCAAUACUCCAGUGGAGAAAGCAGCCACUGUCAAACGCAGCUCGCCGGCACCAGCAGCACCAACAACUGCGUCAUCGGCUAACAACACAUCGCCGCACAAGAAGCUGCAUGUGUCCUUCAAGCCAGAUAAGCCCAUGAUAACCACACAGCAUCAGAAGCCAGCACAGAAGUUUACACAGCAAUCGGCGUCAGAGGGAGCACAGCCUGCGGAAUCUGCGGCCUCCACAACAUCAACUGCUGCUGCAGCGGCGCAAAAGCGACGCAUUGAUAGCAAAACGAUGCAUUCGCUAAUUGCACUAGGCGCUGAAAACACAUCUGGUCCUUGGCUGUGUCUGCGUUGCGGCGUUAACGGACGCCCAAUUAGCAUUCCAUCGUAUCGCGGCUUCCGUCGCCAUCUGAUCAACACCCACAAGGAGACAAUUGAUCCGGCACUGUGCGAGCAUUGCGGCUGGCGUUCGGGCAACAAUCGGGAGCUGCAUUUCCACAUGUACACCGAGCAUCAGAUCAAAUCGCUGCUCUACAACUUUGCUGAAUGCGCUCUUUGUAAUCGAACGUAUUUGACCAAGGGCGAACUGGAGCAGCACAUCAACGAGGCGCACACGGAUGAUAACAAACAGCAGUGCAUUUAUUGUAACAAGGUGUUUGCUCAGGAACUGCAGCUGUACAGGCAUAUGAAGAGUUAUCACAAGGCACAAGCACUGGAGGAUGGCAUCAUCGAUGAGACCGAUGAGGAAUAUCUCGGCUCACAGGAUGAAGAUGAGCAGUUGGAGGAUGACGACCAGGAAGAGGAUGAGGGCGAGGGCGAGGAACCAAUGCAGGAGGCAGAGGAAAAGGUGCGCAUUCUGUCUGACAUCAGCUUGCCGGCGACCAGUGCCAUUGGACAGCAACAGUCCCGCGAUCAACGAGAGGAAGCCGAAACGGAAUCGGAUCAACUGCUGCAGACCCAGGAGCAGGAGGUCAAGUUUGUCGGCGCUGAUGGCAACGAGGUGGAGCUAACCGAGGAGCAGCGCAAGGAGAUCUUGUCACAGUUGAAUCAACAACAGGUUGGCACACCCAGCGGCGGCGUUGUCAUGGUGCUCAGUGAACCCGAUGGCGAUUCCAAGCAGGAAGGCGAUGCCAAAUCCUCAGCGGGCACGGAAGACGAAUACGAUGACAGUCAAAUUUAUAGCGAACUGGGAGCCACCGGUUCCGUGGAGAGCAGCAGCAAAAAAAGCGAAGCUGCCGAUGAGAGCAAGGAGUCCAUUGACAAUCUUGAAUGGGCAGAGAAUUUAAUAUCAAAGCACGACCUAGAAGCGGAGCAGACCAGCAAAGAACCAAAGGCGGAAAAACGUCGGGAUGACAUUAGCGAAAAGCUUAAGGAGCUGACGGGCGAUUGGACCGAGGAUGAGAACGAGGAUGACGACGAUAUGGUUGACAAGCCAGUCACUACGGAAUUAAGAGCAUCCGUGGAGUCGGAAACUGCCGCUGAAAAGCAAACUGUAGAAGUUGCUGAAACCGUACAAGAAGUUGUCGAAGAGCAACCUGAACCGGAAGAUGAUAUUGACUUGGCAUUGGAAAGCAUGCAUAAGGGAGGAGACGAACCGGAGGCCACUACUACAGAAACCAUCGAGGAAGCAGCUACUUCCAGCAGUGCUGAUGUAAGCCAAGCAGCGUCUGAGUCGGAACCAGCUGUUGUAAAGGAUGCUGAUGAAUCAGAAAAACCAAGCGCUGAGCUCAUAAAAGUGGAAUCCUUAGAUGUUAAAAAAGAGCAAGAGCACGAGCGGCAGGAGGAAUUUAUCAAAGAAGAUGUCCCGGAAACGACUACAGUCGAGGCUGAAGAUGAUGUCGAUAUCAAGGCCGAAACCGAUGACAUCAAUAAUGAAACAGUAGCAGAAACUAAUGAAGAAGAUGCAGCUGAUGCGAAUUUGGAAACAGAUAGUAUUCGCAAAGGUCUAAUCGAUGAACUAAUUUCUGAAUCGGAGGCAAUUAGAGCUGACGCAGUUGCUAACGAACGACCAGAAGAAGCAGAGAUGGAUGUGCCGGCAAAUCAGAUGCCAGAGAUUGAUGGCUCUGAGGCGAUGAAAGAAGAGGAUGCGCCGAAAGCUGUUGAGACUGCUGAGCAAUCAGAAGCCCAUAAUAACGAGCAGAAAGCGGAGGAAACGACGACGACAGCAGCCGUGGUAGAUGCAGUCGCAGCCACAGCCGAAGAGAAACCCAACAGCAGUGAUGAAGGCGCCGCUCUUGAUGGCAAGGCACAAUCGCCAACAGGCACGCAGGAGAAAUUGAAGAGUCUCAUGAGCGAAUGGGUUGACGAUGAAGAUGACAAUGAUGAUGAGAAUGAUCAUGGUGUUAAUGCAGCGGCGAAAGAGCAACUCUAAUUUCUAGAUUUAUUUAUAUGUUAAGGUCGGUUUUCGAUUGCCAGUGCUAUCAGCCUGAGAAAUGUAGUAUGUAUACAUAUGCAUAUACAUAUUUAUAAAUACAUAUGUAUGUAACCAAUGAAUAGAGCUAUUGGCAACUUUUUUAGUCUAAAAAGCAUAUUUCGGUUUCGAUUGUAAAUUAAAAACUGUUUCAAUGACUCUUAUUUUGAUUAUAUAAUCACAUAAAAAAUAUAUAUAUUCGUAUACAUAUAUUUAGAACACAAAUUAAAGCCUAAUGCCUAUCAGACCAAACAUUAUAACACUUUGCAAUUUGUGCAGAUUUUAUCAUUUCUGCAGCGUUUCACCACCAACAAUUGAAUUU